AUGUGUCAAAUCGGCGACUCUGAGCCGCAGCUGCGCCCAAGUCCGUCGCCCUGGGAGGAGGAUCCGGAGAACGGGUCACCUCACAAAUCACAUUCACAUUCUGCGGCGUCGAGCGAAUCCGACGGCCUCGACCCUUCCGAUGAGGGCAUUACCUCCGGGUCCGAGGAGCAACGAACCCCGGUGAAACUUCCUCUCCAUCAGAUCAAGGCUCCUGGCAGUGUUCAGGCCCUUGCUGUCGACGACGACGUCAUCUUUGCCGGCACCCAAGGCGGCGACAUCGUCGUUUGGUCUCUCGAGACGUACGAGCUUCUGGCCACGGUCCCUGCGCACAAAGAGAGUGUCCUCAAUCUCACUCUCUCUGACGACAAGACGCUCCUUUUCUCCGCCGGCGCCGAUGCGAUUGUCAAUGUCUGGUCCAGCGAAUCCUUACAGAGACUGUAUUCCAUUUACUCGCAUUUUGAGAUUGGCGAUGUCUUCUGCGUGGUUCACUCUACCAAGAUCCAGACUCUGUUUUGGGGCGCCCAGAAUGCCAGCAUCCAGUGGUACAAGCUCAGCACCGACACCGCUGUCAAAUUUCCCACGUCAGCCCUUUCACCCGGCUCCCGCAAACAUCGUUUUUUUGACUCCUUGGGACCCGGUGGGACAGCCAAUGUCGUUGCAGAUGAGGGUGCCACCAACGGGCUCAGCAACCAGGGUGGGCGAGUCUUGACCGCCCCAAGCUGCAACUAUCUUCCAUACGCUCACAAAAGCUAUAUUUACAGCAUGCUCCUGGUGAAAGGCCUCUUCACCCCUGGGAAAGACGAGGAAGUUCUCAUCACCGGUGCUGGCGAUGGAGUCAUCAAGCUCUGGUCGAUUGACGAUCUGGCUGAAUCCGGACCAAAACAGAUCACAAAAUUCAAAAAUGCAGACUCCAAUGUACUGAGCCUCUCGUACCGUGGCUCUUUCCUUUAUGCUGGUUUGUCGGAUGGCCGCGCUCACAUUUACAACCUCGCAUCAAAUCAGCUCGUGCAGAAGCUACAAGUGGGCCAUGGCGAUGUCAGUCAGAUCCUGGUGAGCCCAGAGAGCAUCUUAUGUGGAACCAGCCAAGGAUGGAUCAAGAGGUACGACGACCAUUUCGCCGAGCUCGAAUCGUGGCAGGCGGCUGCUGGGAAGAUUCUUGCCAUGGGCUUGACAACAACUCCGGAUCACGACAUGCUAGUGACAGGAGGAAACGACAGCGUCGUAUCGUUUUGGAGUGGCAAGCCUGGCUCUCACGACUCUGCCGCUACUUCUGCAAGGAGUAAUGACGAACUCGUCAACGCCCUUCGGGAGUUUGUGGCAUACCGUACGGUGGCGUUGAACCCAAUGUGUGUUCGGGACUGUCACGAAGCCGUCACCUUUCUCCGCAAGAAAUGCAAUGCCUUUGGUGCGACCACCCGCCUCCUCUCACCUCAAGAAGGGGUGGAUCCGAUACUACUUGCACGGUUUCCGGCAUCCAAACCUGGCAAAUCAACAAGAUCGAUCCUUUUCUACGGCCAUUAUGACGUGGUCGACGCAGAGCUUGAUGCCAGCAGCUCAAAUCCAACGUGGAACGGAGAUCCAUUCGUUCUACAACCGCUCGACUCGUUUCUUUACGGCCGUGGCGUAACCGACAACAAAGGUCCUAUCCUGGCGGCCAUCUAUGCUGUGGCUGAUUUGGUCCAACACGGCUCUCUGUCCUGCAAUGUGACGUUUCUGCUAGAAGGCGACGAAGAAGCCGGCUCCCGAGGGUUCCGUCAGACUGUUCAGUCUGCCCACGACGCCAUUGGGCCGGUGGACUAUAUUCUUCUAUCCAACAGUUACUGGCUCGAUGACCACAUCCCUUGUCUUACGUUUGGGAUGCGUGGAGUCAUCCACGCCAGCGUCACUGUCACUUCAAACCGACCGGAUCUGCAUUCGGGAAUGGACGGCAAGUCCGUGCAGCACGAGCCUCUCAAGGACUUAACGGUGUUACUUGCAGCUCUUGUUGGUCCUUCUGCCACCAAAGUCACUAUCCCGCACUUCUACGACACGGUUGAUGAGCUGUCUGAAUCCGAAGUCAAAGCCUAUGCUUCCAUCACCUCUUCUCUUCUCCCCGGCCACCCCGAGAUCAAGAAUGAGAAGGCCUUCGCCCUCUCGCUCAUGCAACGGUGGCGGUAUCCCAAUCUGACUGUGCAUCGGAUCGAGGUGCCCGAGGCAAAAACGGCCGUCACCAUCUCCGGCUCUGCGAAGGCGACCCUCUCCAUCCGAAUCGUCCCGUCACAGACCGCCGAGCAGAUUGCCCAGUCGCUGACGGACUAUCUCCACGCCGAGUUCGCCAAGCUGCAGAGUUCGAACACCCUGGCUGUCACCAUCACGUCCCGAGCGGACCCCUGGCUGGCAGAUGUGAAUAGCGAGAUCUACACGGCUCUCAAGGACGCCAUCAUCGACGUCUGGAAUCCUGACAUCGCGGCGCACCAGCAACGAGCAUUCAAGAUGUCCGCUGGUGGCAAUAGCAACCACAACAACGCCCCUGACACCGACCGCGCUGGCGUCGCAUCAACACCACCUACCAAAUCCAGGCCCGCCCAGGCCGCCGCUUCUUCGUCCACUGCAAAAACAGAUCCCCCCACGCGCACCUCCCACCGCCGGGCCUCCUCCCUCGCCACGACCGGCUUCUUCCCGCCCUCCACCCUCCCCCGCGAGCCCCUGUUCAUCCGCGAAGGCGGCAGCAUCCCGGCGAUCUCGUUCCUCGAGCACGAAUUCAAUGCCCCGGCCGCCAUGUUCCCCAUGGGCCAGGCGAGCGACAACGCGCACCUGGACAACGAGAGGAUGCGGGUGGAGAAUCUGUACAAGGGCCGAGAGGUGCUGAAGAGGGUGUUUGCUAGGUUGUGA